GGACGCUGGCGGCCUGUAAACAGUAGUGACGUCAAUGUCAUGCGCAUUGAAGCUGUGAAAUAAGGUACCAAGGAGGACGUUUCGUGGAUUGUUUAUACGUAAAACUUGAUAAAAAUUACGAUUCCGUAUUUUUUAUUUUCAUAUUUUAAGUGAGUGUCUUCUUUGAUGACGGGCAUAGAUAAGGGAAUGUCGAUGAAAUAAAAACGCCUCAGCGACUGCCUGAUGCAGCUUUGUUAAAUAGCGUUUGGUUGGCUUUAGCUUUUUAAAAUUAGCUUUUUAAAAAAGGCGAUAUAACGUCGUUUGAAUGAGCAAAACAUGACAACGAUAACAAGGCAAGACCUCAAUUUUGGACAAGUGGUUGCUGACAUCCUGUGUGAGUUCCUGGAGGUCGCCAUUCAUCUCAUCUUGUAUGUCCGUGAAGUUUAUCCCUCUGGAAUAUUUCAGAAGAGAAAGAAAUACAAUGUGCCAGUGCAGAUGUCGUGUCACCCAGAGUUGAAUCAGUACAUCCAAGAUACACUGCAUUGUGUGAAGCCACUUAUUGAGAAGAAUGAUGCAGAGAAGGUAGUAGUGGUCAUCACGGACAAAGAACACCGACCAGUAGAACGAUUUGUGUUUGAAAUUUCCCAACCUCCACUUUUAUCUAUCAGCUCUGACACGUUACUAUCACAUGUGGAGCAGCUGCUAAGAGCGUUUCUCCUGAAGAUCAGUGUGUGUGAUGCUGUUUUAAUUAAUAACCCGCCAGGAUGUUCAUUUACAGUACUAGUACAUACCAGAGAUGCUGCUACACGCAACAUGGAAAAGGUUCAAGUCAUAAAGGAUUUCCCAUGGAUUGUUGCUGAUGAGCAGGAGGUUCACAUGCAGGAGCCUAGACUUAUACCACUGAAGACCAUGACGUCUGACAUAGUGAAAAUGCAGUUGUAUGUCGAAGAGAGAGCACAGAAAUCAUAGGUCGUCAGAAACCAGGGGUGCUGUGGCACCCGUCACUCUACACUGAAUAAUGAGGAUGUACAUUAAAGUCUCUCAGAGCUGGAACAGUGUGAAAGAUGAAUGUCUGCAUGGAUUAAUCAUGACAGAUACUGUCUUUUGAUUUAAACAUGGAUGAACUGUUAUUUUGGCUGACAUAAGAAAUAUCCACACUGCUCCAGGCCUCUGACUGAUACACAUCCCAUGCCAAUAUGAACUAACAUGAUUGGAUUGUUGUCAUAUAUUAUUUUUAAUGCAUAGUUUGAACACAGACCAUGGAAAGUAAAACGUACUAGUAAAAUUAGUUUCUUUUCACGGUAGCAUCAGGACUAUUCAGUUUUUACUUCAGAUAAGCCUGAUUGAAUAUGUUGUUAAAUUGUAAUAAAAGUAUUUUUAAGCUUCAAA